AUGGCUGAAAUCGUUCUUUCUGCAUUCUUGACAGUAGUCUUCGAAAAGCUAGCCUCUGAAGCCUUGAAGAAGAUUGCUCGUGCUAAGGGAAUCGAUUCCGAGCUCAAGAAAUUGAAGAGGUCAUUAGACCAGAUCCAGGAUCUGCUUAAUGAUGCUUCUCAGAAGGAAAUAGCUAAUAAAGCUGUUAAAAGAUGGCUGAAUGGUCUCCAACAUUUGGCUUAUGACAUAGACGACCUACUUGACGAUUUGGCUACCGAAGCUAUGCAUCGGGAGCUGACUGAUGAAUCUGGAGCCUCGACAAGCAUGGUAAGAAAGCUAAUCCCAACAUGUUGCACAAAUUUCUCACUUAGUAGUAGGAUGCAUAGGAAGUUAGAUAAUAUUACCAUCACUUUACAAGAACUGGUAGAGGAAAAAAAUAAUCUUGGUUUAAGUGUGAAAUGUGAAAGCCGAAAACAAACAACCAGAAGAUUACAAACCUCUUUGAUAGAUGCAUCGAGCGUUGUUGGUCGUGAAGCUGAUAAGGAUGCAUUGCUCCAUAAGCUGCGGGAGGAUGAACAAAGUGAUAGAAACUUUAGCAUCGUACCCAUAGUUGGUAUGGGUGGGGUGGGUAAGACUACUCUAGCUAGACUUUUGUAUGACGAGAUGCAAGGGAAGGCUCACUUCGAACUCAAGGCGUGGGUUUGUGUUUCUGACGAGUUUGAUAUCUUCAAUAUAACCAAAAUUAUCUUCCAAUCGAUAGGUGGUGGAAACGAAGAAUUUAAGGACUUAAACCUGCUUCAAGUAGCUUUAAAAGAGAAGAUUUCAAAGAAACAAUUUCUUAUUGUUCUUGAUGACGUUUGGAGUGAAAGCUAUGCGGAUUGGGAAAUUCUGGAACGCCCAUUUCUUGCAGGGGCAGCCGGAAGUAAAAUUAUUAUGACGACUCGAAAGAUGUCAUUGCUAACCCAACUGGGUUACGAUCAACCUUACCAUCUUUCGGUUUUGUCACGUGACAAUGCUCUAUCAUUAUUUUGUCAACAUGCCUUGGGUAAAAGUAACUUUGAUUCACAUCCGACACUAAAACCACAUGGUGAAGGUAUUAUUGAAAAAUGUGACGGUUUGCCGUUGGCUUUGAUUGCCCUUGGGAGAUUAUUGAGGACCAAAACAGACGAGGAAGAAUGGAAGCAACUGUUGAAUAAUGAGGUAUGGAAGUCAGGAAAGGUAGAUGAGAUUGUUCCGGCUCUUAGACUAAGCUAUAGUGAUCUGUCUGCCUCUUUGAAGCUUUUGUUUGCAUACUGCUCCUUGUUCCCCAAAGACUAUGUGUUUAAUAAGGAGGAGUUGAUUCUUUUGUGGAUGGCAGAAGGGUUUUUUCACCCAUCAACCACCAGCAAGUCGAUGGAACGCUUGGGUCUUGAAGGUUUUGAAGAUUUGUUGUCAAGAUCAUUUUUUCAACAUGCACCUGAUGACAAGUCGUUGUUUGUGAUGCAUGACCUGAUGAAUGACUUGGCCAAAUCUGUUGCUGGAGAUUUUUUUUCAAGGUUAGAUAUUGGGAUGAAGAAGGAACUUCCGAAGGAAGCUUUGGAAAAACACCGCCAUAUGUCAUUUGUUUGUGAGUAUUGUAUGCUUUACAAAAGGUUUGAGGCAUUCAAAGGAGCUAGAAAUUUGAGAACAUUCUUAGGAGUGUAUGCUGGGAUAAAAGAAAGUUGGAGAACAUUUUACCUAUCAAAUAAAGUCCUGGACGACUUACUACAUGAGUCACCUUUGUUAAGGGUCCUAUGUUUGAGUGAUCUUAGCAUAAAUGAGGUACCUGACUCCAUUGGUAGUUUGAAGCACUUGCGGUAUCUUAAUUUCUCUCGAACUGAAAUCACACAUUUACCGGAUAGUGUCUGCAACCUUUAUAAUCUUCAGACGUUGAUUGUUUCUAGUUGUACGAGUUUGAAAAAGUUGCCAGAGAGCUUCGUAAAGCUUAAAAAUUUGCGGCAUUUUGACAUGAGAGAUACUCCGCAUUUGAAGAAGAUGCCUGUAGGGAUUCUUGAGUUGAAAAGCCUACAAACUCUCUAUGGGAUCAUUAUUGAAGGAGACAAUGGAUUUUCAAUAAGAGAUCUUAAAGAUUUAAAGAAUCUCCAAGGGAAAAUUUCCAUUAAGGAGCUGGAAAAGGUUCAAGGCUCAAUGCAUGCACAGGAAGCGAACUUAUCUGAAAAGAAGCUAAGUGAGUUAGAGUUGGAAUGGAGUGAUGUAUUUGAUAAUUCUCGAAAGGAAAGGCUUGAAAAGGAUGUCCUGAAUGUGCUGAAGCCUUGUAGUGAUACUCUAAAAGAACUGAAAAUUGUGUCAUAUGGAGGUAUAGAGUUUCCGAGUUGGGUUGGGAAUCCCUCGUUUGGUCGGCUGACUCGAGUUUCGAUAAGUGGUUGUAAAAAGUGUACAUCUCUACCGUUACUUGGGCAGCUACCAUCACUUAAGCAGUUGGUUAUUGAAGGCAUGGAUGAGGUGAAAGUUGUUGCUUUGGAGUUUCUUGGGACUAAUGGUCUUCCAUUCCCUUCACUUGAAAAUCUAACUUUUCGAGAUAUGAAAGGGUGGGAGGCAUGGUCAACCAAUAAUAAUGGGGUACUUGUCGAUACAACAUUUCCAUGCCUUCAAGAGCUUCGUAUUGAAAGUUGUCCUAAUUUGUUUAGAGUCUCACUUGGAGCAUUACCUUCACUGAGGGUUCUAGGAGUAGAUGGUUGUGGUCAUGAGGUGUUAAGAAGUUUGGUUCAGGCAGGUUCAUCAAUCACCAAGUUGGAUAUAAGUUCUAUUUCAGGACUCAAUGAUCAGGUGUGGGGAGGUGUUAAAGAGCAUCUUCGGGCAGUUGAAGAAGUAAGCAUCAGAGGGUGUGAUGAAAUAAGAUACUUGUGGGAAUCAGAAGCAGAGGCAAGUAAGGCUUUUGUGAAUUUAAGGAAGCUGGAAGUCCAUAAUUGUUCAAAUUUUGUGAGUUUAGGAGAGAAAGAGAAGGAUAAUUGUGGUAGCAACCUAACAUCUUUUACAACCUUGACUGUACGGGAUUGUAAAGGAUUGGAGCAUUGCAGCUGUCCAAAUAGCCUUAAAUCGCUUCGCAUCGUAUUAUGUGAAAAGGAGUUUCUGGUAGGACAAGAGAAGACUAAGACGCUGAUCAGCUCAAGCAUACUGAUGCUUGAAUCUGUUUCUAUAAGUCAGUGGCCAAAUAUGAAAUCGAUCACUGAAUUGAGUUCCUUCCAUCACCUCAGGGUUAUCUAUGUAAGCCAGUGUCCAAAUAUGGAAUCAUUUCCUGACCAAGAGUUGCCGAAACUCAAUGUGUUAAUAAAUCUGACAAUAGUAUUUUGUCAAAGUCUGGAUGUUUCCUUUUCUGGUGGGCUUUGGCCUCCAAAAUUGUGUUCACUUAGCAUAGGAGGGUUGAAGAAGCCCAUUUCAGAGUGGGGCCCACAGACUUUUCCAACCUCACUUGUUAACCUAACUUUAAUAGGUGGACAGUCGGAAGAUGUGAGUAAUUUCAGUCAGUUGUCCCAUCUUCUUCCUUCAACUCUUACCUCUCUCCGCAUAGAAGAAUUUGAGAAAGUGGAAUCGGUUUCAAUGGGACUCCAACACCUCACAUCCCUCCAGAGUCUCUUCAUUUACAAAUGCCCAAAGACGAUAGAUCUACCAGAAAUGAGGCUCCUACUGGCCCCUCGUCUCAGAAAUCCCCUUCACCAACAUAUACUGAGGAGUUACAAACUUAAUAUCAAGGCGAAAGAAACACGACAAGAAUAGAGUCUGAUAGAAGGUUGGAAAAACAUGCAUUGCAAUCAAAUCCGUGGUUGGGCUAACAAGGCCACCCAUCACGAUUAUAAGAAGCUUAUUGUAAAGUAUGAUGCAUGUAAGCAACAUGGAGAAUUCUCUUCUUCGGUCAAUGAGGCUGAGGCUGAGGCUGAUGUCCACAAGCAUGUGCUCCAAGAAUAAUCGUUCUGUAAUUAGACCAUGGUAUUAAAAUUGAUAUAUUUCUGGAUAUUUGGUUUUUUGGAUGUGUUUUAUUAAAUUUUGGUUUAGUCUUGGA